AUGGCCCCAUCGCAUACCAAAGAGAUCAAAACAAUGAUCUACAACAAGGACGGGAACCUCGGCAUUGCCAUCGACGACUCGAUGAUGGUCACCAGCGUGGACAAGGAGUCGAUCGCCAACGGCAAAAUCGAAUUGGGCGACCGCAUUCUGACUCUGGAAGGGGAUUACAUCGGAUCGGUGGAGCAGUUCAACAAAAUCGUCAAGGAAAAGGCGGGAAACACCCUGAAAAUCAGUGUGAGUUGCGCUGCUAGGAUGUGUCGAUCUGGCAGGAAAAAAUUUGGCCAAAUUAGGACUUACCAUUUCCGAAAACUUCGAAAAAAUGGUCAAGGAGGAGCAAAAUUUUUGCGAAUGAUUUUUUUGCCAAUUUUCGGCUUGAAGGUACUGUUAAACCAGUGUAGAAUAGAAUAUAAGAUCUGCUAUAGCAUCAAAAAUAAAUUUGGUCCAUAUUAGGACAAGUAUUUUUUUUUUUUGGAAUUUUUAAAAAAUGCUCAGGGGGGACCAAGGCAAACUUUUUGACCUUUUCGCCCAAAAAUUUUGAUGAAUUCUGUAAAGCGCAAGCUAAAAAUCUGUCGUAUGUUAUAAAAAAGAGACAAAAAAAAGAAAGAAAGUCUAGUUCCAAAAAGAAAAAGUAAAAAAAUCUCAUCAAAUUUUUUAAAAAAUCCAAAUUUUUGAAACUUCAGUUCCUGCACAACAAAUACAUCUCCCGGCUUCUGAAGGACAACCAAAAUCCCUCCCCCGGCUACGAAAUCAAGGACGCCAUUUUGGUUUGGAACCAAGGUUCCGGCCAAAAGUUGGGCUUGAAUGUGAAAAACGACCUGAACGGGAACGUAAUCGUCAGCCGAGUUGAUCAGGAAUCGGUGGCUUCGAUGUUCCUGUGCGAAGGAGACAAGAUUUUGCAAGUUGACGGAUGGCCAGUCACUGAAAAGGAGCUUUGCAAGUAAGCAAAAAUCUAUCGUAUCCAAGGGUUACGGUAGCUUUUUUGGGAAAAUGCCCUGAGGCAAUUUUUGCAAAAUUUGGCAUAGUUGCUUUGCCUGGGCCAUAUUUUAUUUUCUGAAAUUUUUAGUGAAUUCUAUGCAGUCUGAGUUGAGAUAUUGAGCGAUCUUUUUUCGAGAGAGUACAUAAAAUGAGGAGAGACGGCCAGAGAAAAAACUUUUUUCAGCCAUUUCUUUACGAAUUUUUCUCGGAAAAAGUUGAUUUUUGCUGCUAAUUUUUUACUCAUUAGUGAAAACAAAACGUCAAGUUUUCAUUUUGAAAAUCGCAAAUUUUUUUUUGGAAAAAUUUUUGAUCACAGAAUCUUUGGUUUUUCUGCAAACGGCGAGCUAAAAAUCUCAAAUAUGCCAUGAAAAAUUCUAAUUUUGAAUCUUGAGAUCCCACUUUGAGUUUCAGACGUCUCAUGAUUAUCGGCUUCCGUCAGAACAACCGAGUCCAGCUGAAAGUCGAACGAGCCGUCGAUGACAAGACUAGAACGGAAGUUUCGAAGUGUUUGACUGCUGUUACGGAUCAAGAACCGUCGGUUCUGAUGAAUAGCGAUGUUUUGGAUAUUCUGAAGAGACAAAAAGAGAGGAUGAAGGAUACGAAUGUAGUCCCGGAGUCAAAAAAGAUUUUGAAAAGUAUGUUAGUGGGUCGCUGAAUAAUUGAAAACGUUCAAUUUUGUGGAAUUACAAUUUGGAAACCAAAAAAUCCAAAAAUUCUCGAUGGAACAGUGCAGAUUACGAAAAUUACAGAGAGGGACCUGAUCCAGUGGCCAAAAACGUACCUUUUGCAUCAGGGAAGUAUCAAAAAUGUGGCAAAAUACCUCCCUCUCCAAGUAAAAAACUCCGUUUUUAAAAGUGCCCCCACUUUUUUUGUGAGGGAACCCUUCAAAACGGAGUUUUUUAGUUUUUUUAGUAGGAGAGGGAGGCAUUUUGCUACAUUUUUGAUAGCUCCCGGAUAAAAAAUGGUAUGUUUUUUGCCACUGGAUCAGGUCCGUCACUGUAAUUUUCGUAAGCUGUGCAAAUAAAAAUUAUUUUGUAAUUUUUCUCCCGCACAGUGCAAGAUCAAGUCAAAGCAAGCCCACUGCACCGUGCGAAGAUUUGGUAGCCCAAUUUCAUUUCAAAAUUUUUUAAAAUUUUGGAAAUUUUGUAAAAUUUUGGAAAUUUCAGAGGGUUCGGAGUGCAAGAAAAAGGCCAAGCCGGAUGGCCCGAGGGCGGAAGUGAAGAUGUCGGAACCCGAGAAUCCACUGGUCAAUAUCAUCGGCAAGGAUCACAGUGCCAUCAUCAACCAGAAGCCUCGAGGCGAACAAAAUUAA